UGCCAAACUGCUGUCGAGUCGCACCUUGCUUGUAAUUAAAGAUAUUUCACAUUUAGCAUUGAUUUAUCAGAACAGGAAUGUAUAGGAGAUGACUUUUGAUUCUAAUUAAAAUCGGAUUACAAAGGAGUUUGCAACAGCCACAGAUAUUAACAAAGACUGCAGUUUGAUGGAAAUGUAGCAGAGAAAAUAUUGUGAAUAAAAUAUAUAAAUAUUUGAAAAUAAAAACAUAUAUUGUGAUAGAGAAGGAAAAUUCGAUAAACAUUUGUGUGAGAAUAUGGUUGAAUAAAAACCACAGUGGAUUGAUUGACGUCUAAAAAUAUAACACUGUGGUAUUUAUAAAAUGUCAUUCUCUCAAAAAGUUGACCUUAAUAUUAAGAAACUUAUUUGCAGAAAGGAUAGGCCAUAUCACUGUGAUAUCUGUGGUAAAUCAUUCACUCAAAACAGAUGCUUGACCAUUCACAAACGCAUUCAUACAGGAGAGAAUCUGUAUCACUGUGAUAUUUGUGGUAAAUCGGUCACUUCAAGUGGCGGCUUAACUAAACACAUACGAAGUCACACUGGUGAAAAGCCAUACAGCUGUGGUAUCUGUGGUAAAUCAUUAUCUACAAGCAGCAGCUUAAGUACCCAUGUACGUCUUCAUACAGGAGAGAAGCCACACGGCUGUGAUAUCUGCGGUAAAUCAUUCUCUAACAAAUAUCAUUUGGCUAUACAUAAACGAAUUCAUACAGGAGAUAAACCUUCUCACUGUGAUAUCUGCGGUAAAUCAUUCUCUCAGGAAUGUCAUUUGACUAUACAUAAACGAAUUCACACAGGAGAUAAACCUUAUCACUGUGAUAUCUGUGGUAAAUCAUUCUCUCAAAGCAGCAACUUAAGUACCCAUGUACGUCUUCAUACAGGAGAGAAGCCACACGGCUGUGAUAUCUGCGGUAAAUCAUUCUCUCAGGAAUGUCAUUUGACUAUACAUAAACGAAUUCACACAGGAGAUAAACCUUAUCACUGUGAUAUCUGCGGUAAAUCAUUCUCUCAGAAAUGUUAUUUGAUUAUACAUAAACGUAUUCACACGGGAGAUAAACCUUAUCACUGUGAUAUCUGUGGUAAAUCAUUUUAUGUAAAUUGCGCUUUAAUCAAACACAAACAAACCCAUACCGGAGAGAAGCCUUAUUGUUGUGACAUCUGUGGUAAAUCAUUCUCUCAGAAAAGUCAUUUGAUUGAUCACAAACACUUUCAUACAGGAGAGAAGCCUUAUCACUGUGAUGUCUGCAGUAAAUCAUUUAUUCGGAAAAGACAGUUGACUAUACAUAAACGUAUUCACACAGGAGAGAAGCCUUAUCACUGUGAUAUCUGUGGUAAAUCGUUUUCUGUAAAUCAACAUUUAAUCAAACACAAACAAACCCAUACCGGAGAGAAGCCUUAUUGUUGUGACAUCUGUGGUAAAUCAUUCUCUCAGAAAAGUCAUUUGAUUGAACACAAACACUUUCAUACAGGAGAGAAGCCUUAUCACUGUGAUGUCUGCAGUAAAUCAUUUAUUCGGAAAAAACAGUUGACUAUACAUAAACGUAUUCACACAGGAGAUAAACCUUAUCACUGUGAUAUCUGUGGUAAAUCAUUCUCUCAUCAAUGUUCUUUGACUAUACAUAAACGUAUUCACACAGGAGAGAAGCCUUAUCACUGUGAUAUCUGUGGUAAAUCAUUCUCUCAGGAAUGUCAUUUGACUAUACAUAAACGAAUUCACACAGGAGAUAAACCUUAUCACUGUGAUAUCUGUGGUAAAUCAUUCUCUCAUCAAUGUUCUUUGACUAUACAUAAACGUAUUCACACAGGAGAGAAGCCUUAUCACUGUGAUGUCUGUGGUAAAUCAUUCUGUCAGAAAUAUCCUUUGACUGUACAUAAACGUAUUCACACAGGAGAGAAGCCUUAUCACUGUGAUGUCUGCAGUAAAUCAUUUGCUCAGAAAAGACAGUUGACUACACAUGUGUGUAGUCACACUAAAGAAUAACUGUGCCAACAUCAGAAGUCUUUUUGUAAAAACUAUAUUUUAUAUAUUGUUGUAUUUUGGAAGGGUCAUUUUGCCAGUUUAGCCAAUAAAAACACACACACUAUA